AUGAGCGAAAAUAGUUCACAAAAAUCCGAUUCCCCUAAAGAGUCGCCCAAAAAGGAGAGAACCGACUCCACCACCGAUUCACCCAAAAGUCAAACUCCAGUCAAGAUUACGACCGAAAGCAGGAGAAGGGGUUCACUAUUGCCGCCCGACAGUCAGAUUUUGAUACCCAAAAGGGGUUCAAGGAGUGGGCGAAGGGGGUCCCAGGCCUUCGUAGAGACAGCUAUUUCUAUGGGCGACGACCCGUUCACUGAAGAGGAAAUCUCAGAGACAAUUAGAGCCCAUAAACAGAUCAUAUCAACGAUGCGAUCACAGCACUGGCCAAUGCAUCGCAAAUUAAAAGUCUUGAAUCGGGCCAAACAUUACAUCAAACGACAUGAGGGAGAGCUGAAGCAAAGCAAACAGGCCAAGGAUAUGGUCGCCAAAUACAAAGUCUAUGUCGACAGAGUAUUACGAGGAGAUCCCGACUCCACUGGAAUGAGAAAAGAAGUGAAGGAUAAGGAGGGCUCUCUUGAACUGCAGGCCAUUUGGGAUUUCGAGGUAACCAUUGCUGUAGUGGUGGUGGAUGUCAUCGUUGCCAUCGUGGCCAUCCAUCAGGAUUAUGCAAAUGUCACUAAAGGUUAUCUCAAGUAUUCGCCCAUUUUUUAUGGCUAUUACAGCAAAAGUGAAAUGACUUCUGAAGGUUAUCGUUUGCCUUUGGCUUACUUUCUCACCUCAUUCUUCCUCUAUAUGUUCAGCUUUUUCUGUGUUCUCCGAAAGAUGGCACAAAACGCGCGGAUGAGUCGUAUCUCCUCUAAGGACGACGAGUCGACCUUUUGUUGGAAACUCUUCACCGGCUGGGAUUACAUGAUAGGCAACAGUGAGACGGCCUAUAAUAAAGUGGCGUCACUUGUAAUGGGAUUUAAAGAAUCCAUUCUCGAAGAGAAAGAGCGAAAGAAAGACGAAAGAAAUUGGAAACGAAUCGCUUUGAGAGUAUUGGCCAACAUUUUGUGA